AUGGUUUGUCUUGACAUGUCUGCUGCUCCGAUCGGUUCAGUCAGUGCAGUGCAGAUUGCAGAGCAUACCGGUAUACCAGCCUGUGCUACUGCAAAGAUGGCACGCAGCUCCAGUGCCCUCCCUGUGGUCCUGCUGGCCUUGGCGGCUCUCUUCGUCGCCCCCGCCUUCGUGCCAUCCCCUGCCCCGCGCGCGGCGCCCGAGGCCAGCGCUGCUGCCGUCGCGGCAGGUGCCCUGCUGCCGGUGCUCACGGCCCAGCCUGCCAUGGCCGAGGACUACAUGAUGCCUCCCAGCUGGCCCUUCCUCGUGGUCUUCCUCGGGGGAGCUUUCGCGCUGCUGGUUGCGGGAAACUUCAUCUUCCCUGGUGAGAAGAAGUGA